AAAACCAAAGGGAUGUCGAACCGUAGCCAUUUUGGCUCAAGGGCCGCUUUGGCUUGAGCCGAUUUUGCGCCAGCGUUUUUGCCCACAUACAUCUCGGGGAUUCUUGCGAGCGAGCCUCGUGCCAUGUACCGCAACCUCCGUCCUGCUGCCCUGAACAUGUCCCUGGUUCCUGGGCUGCAUCUGUCGACGUCGAAGAGCCGGUGCCUGCUGACCUCGAGCAAGGGCGCCAAGCCGUGCCUGCCAGAGCUGGAGCACUGCGGCGUGACGGGUCACCGCAUUGGGUCGAUGAGCAGCAGCAGCACGUCGGCUGACGGCGAGAGUCUCAGGGCCUUCAGCCCGCCGGACGGAUCCAUGUGUGAGCUGCUGGGUGCGGACCAGGACGAGGCCUCCGACUCCGUGGUGGUCGAGCCCUGCGAGCCCACCGUGAUGGACCAGUGCGGGCCACCCUUGCCGUGCAGCAGCGUGGUGGUGCGGAGUUCCGUCGGGGCCCCAGCGCUCGGAACUGCAGUGCCUUGCGAGGCGGGCGCGGUCGACGACUCGGAGCCACCGUCGCCGUUUGGCAGCAUUCUGGUGAGGUCCGUGCGCCAGCCUGCAACGCAGCCAGAGCGGAGACGCGGCUGGGCCGCGGAGGCCCAGGCGGUCGAAGUCUACGAGGUUGGCGCGGCGGGCCAUCGUGAGCCUGACUCGCCGUUCGACAGCAUGCUGUUGAGUGCACAGCGCCAGAACGCUUUCACCCGCAGCGUUCUGCGUCCUGCCGCUGCGUGACGCGCGUGCCCGGUGCCGGCUUGGCACGGCCGUUGUGGCGCAGCAGGUCAGUGCGGCGUGUUGUUGCAAGGCGGCACGAUAUCCUGCUGUGGUAGAGCGCCCGCCAGGAGCGGUCUCAUCGCCCCCGGUAUCGACGCAAUCGUUUUUUUUUCACGACGCGAGUAAUUAGACUUCAGCGUCGUCUGGGACACGGUGAAUGAAGAGGGUGCGACCUUUCGGCUGCGCAGCCGGAAAGACCGCUAUCUUCUGUUGUCGUGGAGCGUUGGCCGGAGCAGCGCUGUCUAACUCAGUUUCGAGGUGAUCCAUUUUCCUGUGUACGACGCGAGUAGACUUCGACGUCGUCGUGGACCGCGAGAUGCAUUUGCACGAUGACAUUUGACCAUGGUGAUAUAGUGCAGUAGGUCUGUUGACUUUUGGAAGGAUAUCUGGAGGGUUAUUGGGGUUCUGGCAAUCUGAAAGUUGUUGCUUUUAGAUUGCACGACCUUUUGCCCGGGUGGAUCUUUGGUCAUUGCGAGAUCGAGCUCGUUUGAAGAAACAUGGACGCAGGCCUAAGUCAGUCUUGUCCUCAUGUUUGUGUUUUGCUUUGCGUUUAGCUUGCCUAGUCUUCAGAUCGACGCGAGUAGACUUCGACGUCGCUUGGGAACAGAUGGCUGCGAGUUAACCAUCCUCCACUCUGUCGAAGUGUGAGUUUCGAUGCAGGUGACCUCGCGUCCUCGCGAGAAUGUGGCGCCUCCUUGCCCAGAUUAUCGUGGAGACCCGAACAGAGUUUCAUUUUUUAUGCUCAGCUGCCUCGGCUUCGAGGUUGAGUUUUCACGGACGACGCACACGCACGCACACACGCACACACACACACCCACACUGGGCCCGACUUGCAGGUGUGUUGAGAACCCCGCAUGCAUUUUUUUGUCAGCAGUGUGUCUGUGUUUGUCGUGGUUACUGGCCUCCUCCUCCAGGAGAUCCUCACAGGUCUCCAGAGGCCAUCUGAGGUUCUCGGAGGUCGUGGCUAGUCCUCGCAGUCUGAGACUUUGUGUCGCUUGGGCCUGAUUGCAAUAGUUUGACACAGUGUCCGUCCGUUUUUCGAAACGCAUCAUUCAUUGCAUCCCGAUUACUCAGGCCGUUUUCCAGGCGGUUUCGCUCAGCUAUUGUCUGGCGCCCCGUUCCGCUCUAUGCUGCCGAAGCUGCGGCAGUGAGGGUGGAUUUCUGGGCCAUCGCAGCAUUUUGUGCUGCAGUAUGCUGUGCUCUGGCACUUUGUGCUACCGCGUUUUGUGCCGCCUACGUUUAAAAAAAAC